AUGUCUGGCCCUCCCUUCACAGUUCGGGCAGUCUUCGAAUAUGCUUCGGAGCACGAUGACGACCUGAAAUUCCCGAUCGGUCAAAUCGUGACGGUCACCGCUCUAGAGGACGACGAUUGGUACUACGGUGAAUACUCAGACGCCUCGGGGGCCAAACACGAGGGUAUCUUUCCGAAAAACUUUGUCGAGAAGUACGAACCUCCAGCUCCCCCACGACCAUCUCGACCUAGACCAAAGAAGGACUCCGAGACAGUGCCAGUGGAAUCCCCUGUUGCCGCAACUAGAGCCCAGCCCGAGCCCGAGGUGCUGCCUGCGGAGGAGGCACAUGAGAUCGUGUCGCCACAGUCACCUGUGUCCCAGUCCCAUCUACCUGCGAGUGCCCCUGUAGCGGAAGUUGCAGCUUCUCCUCCCCAACCGGCAAAGGCGCCCGUUCCCGCUGCUCCCGAGGCCCAAGUCGAACCUGUAGCCAAGGCACCUCCUCCGUCCAAGCCCGCUCCUCCAGCUGUCGCCGAGAAGCCUACAGCUUCUUCAUUCCGCGACCGUAUUGCCGCCUUCAACAAGCCUGCCGCCGCGCCAGUUACACCUUUCAAGCCAAGUGGUUCUCAGCCAUCCUUCAUCAAGAAGCCCUUCGUCGCGCCGCCCCCCAGCCGAGAUGCCUAUAAGCCACCACCAAGGGAGCCUGCACCUAAGGUCUACAAGAGAGAUGAGGACCCGGAACUGAAGGAACAAGUCGCACGUGAGCUUCCUGUUUCAGAAAGCCGACCCUCUCCCGCUCCCGUUCCUACAGAAGGAGGCGAAGAGUCUGCUGAAGAUCAACCCAAACCGACUAGUCUGAAAGAACGGAUUGCUUUGCUCCAGAAGCAGCAGAUGGAACAGGCCCAACGUCAUGCAGAAGCAGCUCAAAAGAAGGAGAAGCCCCCGCGCGCUCCCCCGAGGAGGUCUAUAGAUGAGUCUGUGGCUCCUGUAGCCCCCGCAGUCCCUGCAGCCCCCGAGGAGGAACAAGAGUCUCCUGUCGAUGCAAUGGCGUCUGCUAGGGAUCCUAGUAUCGAUACAUUGAGAACUGCGCCCCCUUCCCAGCCUCCUGUGCCAUUCUCACCCACUCAAGAAGCCGCGAGCGAUGCCAAUGAUGCCGAUGAUUCUGCCCCGACUGACUCCGAAGAUGCCGGUGAAACAUCCACUAGCAGGGAUGACGACGGUGAUCAAGCUCCUCGCCCAAGCUCUCAACGUCGACCGUCCGCUCGACCAACCGAACAGCCUUUCGAGGAGGAGAACGAAGAAGAAGAGGAAGAGGAGGAGGAAGUGGACCCCGAAACAAAGCGCCGAAUGGAGCUGCGAGAGCGCAUGGCCAAGAUGAGCGGUGGUAUGGGCAUGAUGGGUCUGUUUGGACCACCCGCCGGAGGAAUGCCUGGCAUGUCUGGUGCUGGUACUCGCAAGCCACCAAAGACCCCCAGCGAGUCGGAAAAGAGACUUGCAGAGCCCGAAGUUGAACCCACUUCACCUGCCCAUGCACCUCCAGUUCCCAUGGUUCCUCUUCCUGGAAUGAACCUGGCUACCAAGCCAGUGGCUCCCACCGAGGUGGAAAAGGAUGAGGAGCAGCCUCUGGCCACGCCUAUUACUGAACAGCACUCGGCGCACGAGAUUCCAGACGUGGAAGAGGUGGUCCACGAAGGUCCAGUGCGUCGCACCUCGGUUGAUCGUCCACCUCCGGCUCUCUCGUCUCAAGACCGUUCGGCGCCUCCCCCGCCUCCCCGGGAGUCGCGACCUGUUGAACAGGCGCCGGGUUCUCCUCCACCAGUCCCUGGAAGCCGACCAGUCCCCCCUCGGCCAACCACUGCGGACAGGGGCGAGGAGUCCGACGAUGAACUUUCGGUCCUCGAGUCUGCUCCGUCGUUGAACACUUCGGUUGCUCCACCGGCUGUGCCUGCACCUGCGAUUCCUGAUCAGAUUGACUCUCGUCGUUCCUCGGCAUACGGGCCAGAAUCUUCAACGGCUUCGACCCCUGCAGUUGAACAGAGAGCUAGUCGUCCACCGCCACCUGUUCCAAGCAAUAUGCCCAUACCACCGUCGCAGGGACGCGCCCCUCCUCCACCCCCUCCCGACCAACUUCGACGCCGGUCCACCGUUGAUAAUCGCAAGAGUACGACUUCUCCUCCCCGACAAGCUGGAGAAGAAGCUGAAGGGGAGGUUACUGAGUACGACGGGGACUACGAUACUGAUAUCGCAUCGGGGGUAAAGCAUAAGGAUGCCCUGAAGGCCCAUGAACGCGACUCCAGCUUUGACGAGGGUACUAUCACCGACGACCAUUCUAUUCAAUCUCCUCCUAGCCCCCCGGUAUCUCGGCAACCCCCUCCUCUCCCCCCGAUCGCUCCCAGGGCAGUUCCGCCUCCUCCCCCAAGCCAGCCUCCCCGGAACGCUCGUGCAUCAAUCGACAUACCCCGAGGACCCCCUCCCCCUCCGCCAAACAGAGAACCCGCCAGUGACGACGAUGAAGAGUAUGAUCCAUUCAACUACUCCGCUCCUCAGCAUGGUCUGCCUACACCCCCACCACUUCCGCAUGGUCGCUCAGAGAUUCCACCUCCCUUCCCGCCACAAAAAGCCGCCGAGGCGGAAUACGAUGAUUUGUAUGAUGCUCCCCCAGCACCGAGCGCAGUGAACGAAAGACCGACUGCCUCAUAUGAAAAGCGACUUUCAUUGGCACCUCUUCCUCCUCAAAGUCAAGCUCCGGCUUUGCCAUCCCCAGCUUUGCCAUCCCCAUCCGUAGCUCGAAGCCAACGCGCAUCUAUGGAUCUUCUUCGAGGCCAGCCCAACAUUCGCCGGUCGAUGGAUGUUUCUCGUCCCUCGGUGGAUCAAGGCUACAUCGCCACAGACGUUGAUUUUGCCGAACACACCCUUUGGUGGACUCAAUCCAACACUCCUCCCCCGGUGUUCCAAAACCGCAGCGAUCUUCUCUUCGAGGUCGAGGAAUCUGCUUCUACCAAGCGGGGUGGAAAGUCAAUUGUCUCGAAGGAUAUCUAUAUCCUGUUCCUCGAUUACUCUCAGACAGUUGUGAACGUGCAAUUCGACCCUAGGAAUCCUGCCGAUGCUUCUCUUGAGCAGCGCCACGAACCCCCGCCACUCCAGCCUCGUCAAGAUCAGCUUGAGCAAGCCCACAUCCAACUUGGUACCCGAAUCUCAGAAGCUGUCAACUCGAUCCAGAACUCUACUGUUGGAGACGGCACUCCGUUCGGAUUGGUCCAGCACCUACUCAACCCUCUUUCCGAGGCGCUGCUCCCUGUCGGCACCCGAGGAUACGGCGCUUCCGUUUACUCCAACCUGGCAAAUGCCUCCGUGUCCCAGAAUGAUGAGAUCCGUGCCGGUGACAUUGUCAGCUUCCGCAAUGCCCGCUUCCAAGGACACCGCGGCACCAUGCACCAGAAGUAUAGCGCCGAGGUCGGCAAGCCAGACCACGUGGGCGUCGUUGUGGACUGGGACGGCACAAAGAAGAAGAUCCGAGCCUGGGAGCAAGGUCGCGAGAGCAAGAAGGUCAAGAUGGAGAGCUUCAAGCUGAACGACCUCCGCAGUGGCGAAUGCAAGGUCUGGCGUGUGAUGCCCCGUAGCUGGGUCGGUUGGGAAUCCAAUAAGUCGUAG